AUGCCCGACGAUCGCGAGCCCGAAGAUCACAACCGGAACAAGAAUACCUCCAAUACUCCCCAGGGCCACGACGGGGAGGACGAGAGCAACCCGUUCGUCGCCUUUCGUCGCUUUGCCGACGAGCAAGUCUCUUCUGUUUUACAGUCGAUCACCGGCCUUCCUUCCUCUGUGUCGCCGCCCCAGCCCGACCACUGGACGAUCUUUACCGAUGACAAGGCCUAUAAUAGCAUGAAAUUCCGGCAGAGCGAUGGCGAUAGCACAAACAAUGCGGGGGAGCAGAACUAUACGUCUGGCGGGGGCGCCGAGAGCCGGUCCUCGGGAAAUCGAAAUGACAACGAUAACAGCAACAACAAUGGCGGAACGUCCCUCACGGAGUCCUCACAAACCAAAAGAUCAGUUGAUAUGGAGCCGAAGAACUCCCAGUCGCGACAGCGCCGCUCCCGUGAACCCUUCGACCCUCUCGGCCUCGACGCGCUCUCCUUCCCGCUCUUCACACAACCAUUUCCCAUGAACUCCAUCUUUUCCAUUUCCAUGCCACCCAUCUUUCAGCACUUCGAUGAUCAAUGGCCUCUGAACUAUAUCACGUUCAGCCCAUACUCCCCUCUGCAUCUAGAGCGCCAGGCGCGCGACCGAGCACACCAGGAAAAGGGUGUGUUUUCCUCCCUCGUCUCCUCUCUGCAAAGAGAAUCAGACCGUGAUCCGAACGAGCCGCAGUGGCGCGAGGCUUUUGAAGAUCUUCUUCGUUUAGAGAAUGGGAAAAACCUCCUUGAUCAAGACAGACUGGCUGCCGGCAGGACGGAGAGCGAGUGGGACUGGCUUAAGGGGAUGGUGAAGCGCGGAAGCAUGGGCAACCGGUUUGAAUUUGUGUCCGGAUUGAACAAUCACGGGUCGAUUGGCGCUCAUGGCGAUGAAAACCACCCUGACAAAAUUCCGGUAGAAGGGAAGGAGUACUUGGGAGCGAAUGCAGAAUAUGAUGAAGCCGAUGAUGAGCUGGCCUUGUACGAGCGCUUCAUGCAAGAUCUUGAGGUCUGGCAUCGCGAGUUCUCUCAAGGCAUUACUAGGAGCAACAUCCUACACUCUCUUCUGGAAGACCGCCGCGCUCAUGCUCAUCCUGGCCGCCCUCAAUUCGAGGACAAGCAAGGCAAUGAUGAUAACGAGAGCUGGCUCGACCUCGUCUCGGGUGGACACCGCAAAUCCGUCCCCGAGACGCCCGACGAGAUGAUUUUGGCAGAUGACACUUCAUCGUCUCGCAUUAUUUCCACCAUGUCCCGGACGGAACGAACACGUCUCCCAGAUGGCUCGAUUCAAACCAAGAAAGUUGUGACGAAGCGGUAUGCGGAUGGCCGCGAGGAGACAGACUCAUCUGUUGAAACGACCCAUCCGCAUUCAGGGAAUGUAGAUUCUUCUGACUCAGGGGAGAACGGUACCAAGCCGAACAAUGGCUGGUUCUGGAAGGAGUAA